AACUAAAAACCCUGAUCAGUGGGCAAUGCGUAAAUUACACGAAACGUGAACCAAUUUUGAAGACUAUUUACCUGAAAGGAGUGAUUUUUGUUUUAUUUCCAAAAAAAUUGCAGAGAAUGCAAGAGCAAAGAAAAGAGUGAAAAAGAGAAACCCUUUGCUUUCCUUUUCUUCUGCUAAUACUUCAUAUUUUGCUUUGUUUCUCACUCUUUCCUUUUCCUGGUUCAAAAAAAAGGAAAAAUAUUGAACCUAAACCCAGUAACAAGAACCGACUAGCAACAGAGAAUCGCCCUUCUACUCCAAAGUUCUUCAACCCGAGUAAUCAAAUCUCCGUUUCAUCUGAUUGUUUUGAUUUUGAUUUUGAUUUUGUGAUGUUAUUAUGUCUCCGACAUUGGUAGAUUUCAGAAGUACUCCACAAAUGCAAUCUAAACAAAACCCCAACCCUAGUAAAGGUGAGAUUCCUUCUUCUUCUGCUUCUUCUAAAUCCUUUGAUUUUGAUUUUAAUGGUAUUUCUGCCAAUAAUUUUAAUUUCUUCUCUAAAGAAAACCAAUCAUUAAACAGAAAUUUAAAUGAAGGACCUUUUUUUGAUCCUAGUUUUACCUCCCCCGUUUCUUCUGUAUCUCGUACUAUCGGUUCUGAGAAACCAUUAAUGGGUACUUCUUCUGGUCUUUCGAAACCUAGACUUGUUAAGGUCAGAAAACACAUGGGUACGAGGUGGGUUAAAAAAGAUUCUGGUUUUCGUACGCCGUCUUCAGAUACUUUAACUGAUCAAUGGGUUAGUUGGAAUCCCUUUGCAUCAAAUUCUGCUCAGAAGAGUAGUUUAGGUGAAAGUAUAGGAAACGAGAUGAGGAACUUGAACCUUGGAAGAGAAACAAAGGAGAAGGUAAAUUUGAAUUUGGGUAAGGAUCCUCCUGUUAAGCAUGCAGAUGGUUCAUUUGUAUCAGGUACUACCAAUGUGAGAAACCCAGGCUCCAAUUUGAAAACGACUGGUUUACAUGAGCAAAUAGAUAAAUCUCUUCCGGAUGACAUGACUAGGUUGAACCUUGGUAGUGAGACGAAUGGAAGUGGAGUAAAUUUGGGUGCAAGUGAUGUACCCAUAAAUAAUGUUUUUGUAUUUGGAAGCGGCAGUAAAAAGGGUGCAGGGUUAGAUGAAGAUAUGGUGUCAAAUGGUUUGAGAAAGUUGAACAUUGAUAGCGUUGAAGUUAGUGGAAAAAACUCAUUCAGCUUAAAGAAAUGUAGCGGGAUAUCUGAUGCUUUUUGCCAAAGCUCGAAGCUGCCAGAUGACAUGAAGAAAUUGAACAUAGAUGAUUGCGGGAAUGCUGGGGGCAAGGAGAAGACUAAAGAAGCUGAUCUUGGCUUCCAAGGAUUACAGGGUAAAAGUUCAGGUGUAGGAUCGGGUCCUCACAGUGAGGCUUCUAAAUUUCGAUCAGUUGGAAGUACUUUUGAAGUGCCUUCGAUGGAGAAAUCCCAAAAGAAUGUGAAUGGUGGUUCUUCAUGCCCAGAAAAUGAAUCACAUACAUCCUCCUUUAGAGAACCUAAGCAGGAUAACUCGUGCUCUUUUGCGGGAUCAUUUCCCCAUGUUUCAUCGGGAACCCCUGGAUUGUUUCAAUCCGCUGGGAGUAGUUUUGAAGUACCUUUAAAGAGUGGAGCUGAAAAGAAAGCAAAUUUUAUAUUUACAAGCUCACAAGAUGGACUUAAAACUCCCCAAUUCAGAGCACCAAAGCUGGAUAGCUCAGGUUCUUCUAUCGGGGACCUUGCCUCUUCGUUUAACAAGAAGUUGGAUUUCACUGCUCAAAAAUCAGCAAACGACUCGAAGCUAAAGAAAAGGAAAGGAAAGCUAAAGCCAAAUACCCCAGUUUACCAGUGGGUUAGGAAAGAAAAAGUCUCAAGGGAAAGUUGUUCCCAAGAAAAACCAGAUUCUCCUGGAUCUUGUUCACCAAUGGAUUUUUCCCCUUAUCAAGAAACAUUAGCGGACAAUCAGCCUCCAAAAGAAGCUUCUGUUUCAUCAGGUGAAUUCUUCCACUUUGACCCACAAUCUGCAUCAACUGAUGCACACCCUUCAGUGUCUGUAGAUGCCACAUGCAAACUGAAUAUCAACAGUGAAGAACUGAAACAAGGAGAACUAAAUGAUGGUAGAUCUCAAAGCUCUGAGAGAUGUGAUGGUGCCAGUAAUGCGACAGAGGGAUUUGUUUCUGGAGACAAAGCUGAAUAUCUGAGGUUCGCAGGUGUAAAAUUGGACGCAGACAUCGAUGUUAAUGCGACAAGAAAAACUGAAGCUAAUAUUGGGUCAAAUAUGGGGGAGAAAGCUCAUGAUACAAGCUCACAGUUUUGCUUUGCUUCAAGUUCAGACAAUGUUAGUUACCCUAGCUUUACGUUCGGGGCGUCCCCCUGUCCUCAAGGGAGUUUAUCUGGUCCAGCUCGUCACUCCCGAAAGAAAGAUCGAAGGAAAGUUGGACAGGGUUCACAUCCUAAUGCCAAAAUUCACUUGGCAUCUCCUAAUACACCCUUGUUUCCUUUUGCUGGUAGUUCAUCACAAUCAGUCCCUGGAUGUGAUAAGACAGAAGAUUUACCUGUCCCUGAAAGCAAAGGAAACAAUCGGUUAGAAAUAGAUAAAGAACCAAAGGUGAAGGAAGUGACCAACCCUGUAGCUGCUGUGACAGACACUGUGCUGGAAGCAUGUGAAAAGUGGCGAGUCAGGGGAAACCAAGCUUAUGCAAAGGGAAAUCUGUCUAGAGCUGAGGGCUAUUAUACACGUGGGUUAAAUUGUGUUUCACGAAACGAAGCUUCCAAAAGCUGCUUGAAGGCUUUGGUCCUGUGCUAUAGCAACCGUGCAGCAGCAAGGAUGACCCUCGGGAGAAUGAGAGAGGCACUAGGAGACUGCAAAGAAGCUAUGGCCUUAGAUCCUAACUUUUACAAGGCUCAACUCAGAGCUGCCAAUUGUCAUCUAGCGCUGGGGGAAGUUGAAGACGCAUUGAGAUAUUUUAGGAGUUGUGCUCAGUCAGGAGGGGUAUGCUUGGACAGAAAAGUUGUUAUUGAAGCUUCUGAUGGACUACAUAGAGCUCAGAAAGUUGCUGGAUACAUCAAUCAUUGUGUUGAAGUUUUGCAGCAGAGGAAAUUUGGUGAUGCAGAAAAGGCACUGACCAUGGUUACUCAGGCUGAAUUGAUAUGUCCAAAGUCCGAGAAACUGGCUGAAAUCAAGGCGGAGACGCUCUUCAUGCUGCGGAGGUAUGAAGAGGUGCUUCAGCUGUGUGAGCAGUCUCUCAAUUCUUUGUUGUCUAAUGCUGAUGGCCAGUCGGAUAACUCGAAUGCCCAUGUAAGCUUAAAGAAUUCUCGUGCAUGGUGCUGGUCCCUGAUUUCUAAGUCUUAUUUUUACCUUGGAAGGCUGGAGGAGGCUGUUGGUUUUCUUGAUAAAAUUGAGCAGGCAGGACUCGUGACAGAAAAGAAUGAGGUCACCAAUCUGAAAUCAUCAGCAUCAUUAUCGGUAACCGUACGCGAGCUGUUGCGCCACAAGGCUGCUGGGAAUGAAGCUUUUCAAUCAGGAAAAUAUUCUGAAGCAGUCGAGCACUAUACUGCUGCGGUAUCAUCCAAUGUUGAGUCACGCCCUUUUGCUGCGAUAUGCUUUUGCAACCGUGCUGCUGCAUACCAAGCUAUAGGCCAGAUAACCGAUGCCAUUGCUGAUUGCAGCUUAGCUAUAGCUCUUGAUGGAAAUUAUCCGAAGGCAAUCUCGAGAAGAGCUACGUUACAUGAGAUGAUCAGGGACUACGGAAAAGCAGCUACUGAUCUUCUUAGACUUAUACCUCUUCUUGAAAAGCAAGCCGAGGAUAAGGCUAAUCAAGCUGGAAAACUAGGUAGAUCAACCAGUGUUCCGAAUGAUUUAAGACAAGCACGUUCACGACUUUCCACCAUGGAGGAAGAAGCCAGAAAGGAAAUCCCUUUGAACAUGUAUCUUAUCUUAGGAAUUGAACCAUCAGGCGAUGCUUCAGAUAUAAAGAAGGCUUACAGAAAAGCAGCACUUAGAUAUCAUCCAGACAAGGCUGGCCAGUUUUUGGCGCGAACCGAUAAUGGAGAUGAUGGGUUGUGGAAGGAAACUGCUGAAGAGGUUUACAAGGAAGCUGACAAACUCUUCAAAUUAAUUGGAGAGGCUUACGCAAUACUCUCAGACCCAGCUAAGCGCUCGCGAUAUGAUCUUGAAGAGGAAAUUAGGAACUCCCGAAAGAAAGCUAAUCGAAGCUAUAGUAGUCCAAGACAAUCAUAUACUAACAGCAGUCCGCAUGAGAGACGUGGCGGCAGCAGAAGGGAAUGGCAGGAAUUUUGGGAUUCGUACCAAAAGUCAAAAUGGUCAGAAGCAACUAGGUCAAGGAGUAGAUAUUAUUGACAACUGCAACCCCAUGUGCGCAUACAGCAAGUUAUAGUCAUCAAUCUCAUCCUGUAAUGUGAUAUAGAGUAUGGUUGUUCAGCUUGUCAUCAUGGCAGAAACAGAUUUAUGUUUGUGAAUUUCAGCUGAGAAGACAUUGGAACGAUUGAAGAACGUUCAGAUGUUUAAAAGAAAUUAACAUCUUUUGGAAGGACACAGAAAUGGUUUCAGGGUAAUUCACUGGGCAAGGACCAGAGAUGUUGGAUGUUCAGUGCUGCUAUCUGAACAACAAAAGUCUCCUAGUACAGAAAUAUCAUCAAUGUGUACAGACUAUAGAAAUAGAUUGAAAGAUUUGGCCAAUGAGAAAGGUGCAAGAGGUGCAAAUUCUCUCGCAAGUGCUUUUCAGAAAGGAUUUUCUUGUUUGGCUGUUAGGGGAAAACAGUAGGAUCAGAAAGAAGAAAGUUAGUUGAUGCCCUGAUGUUGUUGUGUUAAGUUGGUUGAUUUAUUCUCUUACACUGACCAUUGGAACGCUGGUAUUGUAUUCCUUUGUUGUUUAACAAGUGAAAGUAUUUAAUGUAUGUUUCAACUUCAAAGUACAACGAUGAAAUCAGCAAGCUUUGUAGGAAAUUUCGCUAACCGUUUCUUUAAACACAAUCACACAAUGUUAUGAGGCGUCAGGAAAAUAUCUGAUUUGGUAAAAUUGUGCAUGUGUUUUGGGUUCCUACCCUGGGUAUAUUA